UAAUAUACGAGUACACGGUUUAAAUUUGCCUUAAGAGGCCCUGAUUCUUACUUAUCACUUCUGCUAAUCACUUGAUUAAUAUUUUUAAUGCAUAUUCUUUCCCACUUUGUUUUUUUUCCUUCAUUAUUUUCUAAUCUAACAAGGAAAGUGAUAACAGACUGGAAACCAGAUUUAUUUUGGUGGGUGCUAUCCUCACAGCUGUCACAUUAACACUUCAAAAACCCUUUUUUUUUUCUGCCUGAAUUCAUUCUUCUUCAGACCUCGAGACAACUACAGAUUUCAGACAAAUUCCUCUGUUUUUUUUUUUCUUUUUUAUGUUUCUGAGUUUUGUUUGGGCUUUUCGGUGGGAAAAUUUUGUUUUUAAGUUUUUGUAGUUUCGAGAAACAAUGUUUAAGUCAUGGAGAAACGACAAGAACAAGAUCAAAGCUGUGUUCAAGCUGCAGUUCCAGGCAACUCAGGUGCCGAAGCUGAAGAAAUCCGCACUGAUGAUAUCUUUGGUUCCUGAUGAUGUGGGGAAGGCAACAUUUAAACUCGAGAAGUCUCAGGUCAAAGACGGAACCUGUUCGUGGGAAAAUCCAAUAUAUGUGUCAGUGAAACUGAUUAAAGAACCAAAAACUGGGAUUAUCCGUGAGAAGAUAUACCAUUUCGUCGUAGCAACAGGUUCUUCCAAGUCGGGCUUUCUUGGAGAAGCUUCUAUUGAUUUUGCAGAUUUUGUGGCAGAGGCAGAGCCAUUGACUGUCUCCUUGCCGCUUAAGUUCGCCAACUCCGGUGCAGUUUUACAUGUGACAAUCCAGAAGAUACAGGGAGCCAAUGAUCUAAGAUUUAUCGAAGAAAAUGGAGAUCAAGCACUCACCAAAGAAGAGAGCUUCAAAAGCCAACAAAGCAAUGAUGAUGUAGAUGGAUUUAAUCGAGAUGAAAGCAGCUUGGAUACAAACACGCCUAAGAACGGGAGCCUACUAGGUUCCUUUGAUUCUAAUGGAGCAUCAUGCUGGAUAGAUGGUCCUGACGGGAGUAUGCGUCUACCUCAUCGACAGAACUCGAUCCCUUCAAGAAGAAACGGGCAUCGGAGAUCAAACACAGAAUGGUCAGCAAGUUCAACAUCAGAUGGAAGUUAUAUUGAGUCAAGAAACAGUCCUGAGAACAAUUUCCAAAGAGGAUUUGCUGAUGAUUCGAAUGACCCUGGUGACAGACAGAAGGUAGAGCUUGAAGCUUUGAGGAGGCAAUCAGAACUAACUGAGCUGGAAAUGCAGUCUCUAAAGAAACAGGUUACAAAGGAAGGCAAACGGGUACAGGAACUCUCGAAAGAACUAAGUUGUCUCAAGGAAGAAAGAGAUAAUCUUUUGGAUGAAUGCAAGCAGCUCAAGCUGCAGAAAAAUGUAGAUGAAGCUGAAGCUGAAAGCAGAUUGAGAAGCAUCAGCGAGGAUACGAGCAAUAUGAUACAAGAGAUCAGAGAUGAACUAGAUUGCGAAAAGGAUUUGAGUAGCAACCUUAGGUUGCAGCUGCAGAGGACUCAAGAAUCGAACUCCAACCUGAUUCUUGCAGUGCGUGAUCUGAAUGAGAUGUUGGAGCAGAAAAACAGCGAGAUUUCUUCACUGGGUACUGAAUUGGAAGAGGUUAAGAAGCUUCAAAAGGACAGGGAAAUGGAUUCUGGACCUGAUGCAAAUGAGGAUGAAAGCCAACAAGGAUGGAAAGUCGAGAUUGAUAUGCUAAAACGAAGAAACGAAGACUUGGACUGGGAGUUAGACUCUUACAGGAAAAAGAACGAGGAACUGGAGAUCCAACUGAAUGAAAUGACUCAAGAAUACGAGUCCUUAAAAGAGGAAAACAGCAACAUAUCUUUGAGGUUAGAGCAGCAAGAACACUUGAAACCACAAGAUAUAUGCCCAGAUUCUAGACAUACUAUAGAAGAAUUGGAAUCUCAGAUAGAGAGAUUGGAGGACAAAAUAAAGCAGCAGUCAUUGGAAUACUCCGAAUGCUUGAUUACAAUUAACGAACUCGAAAGUCAGGCCAAGGAACUGAAGAAAGAACUAGAAGAGCAAGCUCGGAUUUUCGAUGAAGACCUUGAAGCAAUGGUGAAGGCCAAGACCGAGCAGGAGCAGAGGGCCAUAAAAUCAGAGGAGGAGUUGAGGAGAACAAGGUGGAAGAACGCUAUAACAGCUGAGCGGCUACAGGAGAAAUGCAAGAGGCUUUCUCUAGAAAUGGAGUCUAAGCUAAGCGAGAACGAGAAGUUGACAAUGAAGAGCGUGGCAGAAGCAAAUGAUUUCCGCACGCAAAACAAAAAUCUUGAAGAAAUGCUACAAAAAGCAAAUGCAGAGAUCUCAAAACAUAAAGAACUGAAGAGGUAUGAAGAAGAGAAGAGUGAAGCACUGUCAAUGAGAGUUCAGAUGCUCGAAGCAGAGGUAGAGAAGCUGACAAAGCUGAGGGAUGAAUCGAAUGCAACAGCUACUGAAACUGAGAUGCUAAUUCAGGAAUGGAGGAAAGAAAGAGACGAACUGCAGAGAAAACUUACAUUGGCUAAAGAAGAAGCCGAGAGAGCACAAAAAGAUUUAGUUCUCACUAGGUCAUCUCAUGAUGAGAAAGAGAGCAUGGUCCGGAAUUUGAGGAGAGAAGUGGAAGGACUUAGCCAACAGUACAGUGAAUUACAGAAUAGCUUUGUUCAAGAGAAAAUGGAGAAUGAAGCUCUAAGGAAACAAGUAUCGAACCUGAAGACCGAUAUUCAGAGAAAAGAAGAGGAUAUUUCUAAAAUCCUUGAUGCAAGGACGGAAGAAAGACAGUCAGGAAAAGAGCAGAAGCUUUCCACUUCUAACAGACACAACAAGGAGAGCAUUACAAAACUAAUGGAUGAGUUGGCUCAUCUCAAGAAUAAAAAUAACUGCAUGGAGAGAGAGCUGAAAGAAAUGGAAGAAAGAUAUUCAGAGAUAAGCCUGAAAUUUGCGGAGGUAGAAGGCGAAAGACAACAACUUGUGAUGGCUGUUAGAAACCUCAAGAAUGGUAAGAAGAACUAAUAUUUCUAUGCAGGGUUUGGGAGUGGAACUUUUCUGGGGGUGAAAGCAGCGAGGAUCCAUUUGAGCUGCAAAUAUAAUUGUUUGACAUCAUUGAGGAAAGCUUUUUAUGACUCGUGUGUUAAUAUAAAAAAAGUUUUCUAUAAAAGUAACUUUUGAAUCCCUAA